AUGGUCCCCCCGGAGCCCCCGCCCCGGCCCCGGGCUCAGCCCCAGCCCGCCUGGGGGGUCCGCCGCCGCCGCCGCUCCGCGCAGCAGGGCCGCCCCCCCGGCCCCAUGCAGCGGUUCCCCCCGCCCGAGGGGAGGGGGCGGCGGGCCCGGGGCGCUGCCGCUGCUUCGGUCGCUGCCCCGAUCCCCGCCCAGGCCCGGGUCGCCGCGCCCGCCCGCUGCCCCCGCCGCUCCGAGCCCGCGCCCUCUCCCCGGCCCGGCCUCCCCAGGAGGAUCCUCUGGAUCAUAAGACUGUCCGGCCCCGGGGGAGACGGCAACUUUGGGGAGGGCAGCGGAGGGGAGGGGCCAGACGGCUCUCCCCGCCCCGCGCCCGCCCGGGCCCCCUCCCGGCUCGGCUCAGGAGGAGGGCGGGCCCAGGCGCCUCCCCCGUGCGCCGGCCGCCCUCCCCGCGCCCCCGCGCGCCCGCCCGCCGGCUCUGCGCCCCGCGCCCCGCGCCCCGCCCGCGGCCACCACUCGGCCCUGCCCGCUCACGCUAGCUUGACUCCCCGCGAGGGUAGGGGACGGGGCGAAGAGGAGGAGCCAAGGAGGAGGGAGGAGGAGGAAGAUGAGGCUGGGGGAGGGGGCCGGGAGAGAAGCACUAGGGAUGAGCCGAGGGCUCCUCGCGCAAGUGCCCGCAGCGCCCGGAAGCGUCCAAAGGCCCCGAUGCCGUGA